GUGGCUCACACGUGAAAAAAUACACACCACUGAUGCACGCGAUUUGGGAAUCUGACAUGAUGCUGCAAACGAGUGAAUCAGUUUAAAGUGAAUUUGGGUUUCGACAGCAAUUAGUUCUGAAAGAGCAAGCGCUUAAAGAUCUCAGAGGUGUGAAGAUGGAGGAAAAGGAGCAGAAACGACACCAGCACAAGCAAAGUGGCCCCAAGGCUGCAAAGAAGAAGAAGAGGAAGCAGCGGGAUCAGAGUUCAGACCCGGAGCAAGAUGAGCGCAAGAGAAACCCAAAAGCAUUCGCUGUGCGUUCGGCUGUACGCAUGGCCAAGACCUUCCACAGGACACAAGACAUAAAAACUAAGAAGCAUCAUAUUCCUUUGGUAGACCGCACGCCUUUAGAGCCACCCCCUGUGGUGGUGGUCGUAAUGGGGCCUCCAAAAGUAGGCAAGAGCACACUCAUCCGCUGCCUGAUCAAAAAUUACACCCGGCAGAAGCUUUCAGACAUCUGCGGCCCUGUCACAAUAGUAUCAGGGAAGAAACGGCGUCUGACUUUUAUUGAGUGCAACAACGAUAUCAAUACCAUGAUAGAUUUGGCAAAGGUUGCAGACCUGGUCCUGAUGCUGAUUGAUGCUAGUUUUGGCUUUGAGAUGGAGACCUUUGAGUUCCUCAACAUCUGUCAGGUGCAUGGUUUCCCUCGUGUCAUGGGCGUGCUCACACACCUGGACUCCUUCAAAAACAAUAAGUCGCUCAAUAAGACAAAGAAACGUCUCAAACAUCGCUUCUGGACUGAGGUGUAUCAGGGUGCCAAGCUGUUUUACCUGUCUGGGAUGGUGUAUGGCGAGUACCAGACACAGGAAGUGAGGAACCUUGGACGAUUCAUUUCAGUCAUGAAGUUUAGGCAGCUGGUGUGGCAAACCUCUCACCCUUAUGUUGUGGCUGAUCGCAUGGAAGAUCUAACCGAUCCAGAGGCUAUCCGUUUAGAUCCGAAGUGUGACAGAACUGUGUCUCUGUAUGGCUACCUGCGUGGGACAUUCCUGAAGAACAAAGGCCAGGUUCAUAUUCCAGGAGUAGGAGACUUCUCAGUGUCCGACAUCAGCUUUCUUCCUGACCCGUGUCCUCUGCCAGAGGAGUUGAAGAAGAGAGCUCUGAAUGAGAAGGAGAGACUGCUCUACGCUCCUAUGUCAGGGGUUGGAGGAGUGGUGUAUGAUAAAGACGCUGUGUACAUAGACAUGCCGAUUGGCCAUGUCAAACAGGACCAGGAGGAGGUACGUCCUGCCACAGAGCUGAUGCAGUCCCUCAUGGGCACACAGGCCACGCUGGAUGUCAAGAUUGCUGCCAGCAAAGUUUCACUGUUCACAGGAACUGCAGCACUGACUCCAGAGGAAGUGCAAGAGAAAGGCAUUGAAAAGGAAGGGCCUUUGGAGAGCCGAGUGUGGGACCCUGAGGCCCAGCGAGAGAGGAGGAAAGCUGUCUUUGUUGAUGAAGAUGAGAGGGACAAUGAUGAAAGUGAUGAGGAAGAGUCAGAUGAAGGUGAAAGCAAGGAGGAAAAGGCAGGUGAGGGGGAGGAUGGUGAAGAUGAUGAUGAUGAUGAUGAUGAAGAGGAGGAGGAGGAAGAAGAAGAAGAGGAGGAGGAGGCUAGAGGUGAUGAGAGCAAACUGGACAAGAGUGAAGUGGCAAAGGGUGAAAAGAAAAAAAUAAAUGAAGCAGCUCCUCUUAUAAAGAGACAGAAGAUGGAGGAAAAUGGAAAAGGCAGCAGGAAUGCUGUAGAGAUGCCUGCAUUUGCAGACAGUGAUGAUGACCUAGAGAAAAGUGACAAAGAAGAAUCAGAAGAGAGUGACGAGGAUGAAGAUGAGGAGGAGGAGGAGGAGGAGGAGGAAAUGGAAGAAGAGAAACAAAAGCCUGAGAAAAGAAGCUCAGCACCUCCAGACUCUGGUCACUGCUCUGAGGAGGAUAGUGAUGAUGAAGAAGAGGACGUGCAAGAGGAAGGAGAUGCUGCAAAGCAGAAGAUGGCUGAUGAUGAUGAUGAUGAUGAAGAGGAGGAGGAUAUGGAUGAGGAUGAGGAAGAUGAAGAAGAGCUGGGAUCUGAAACUGCAGGAGCACUACGCUGGAAAGACGACUUGGCCCGGAAAGCCACGGAAGCGUAUCAGAGACGACAACGUGCCGCACCUAACCUACGCAAGCUGGUGUAUGGCACAGUGGCGGAGGAGGAAGAAAACGCUGAGGAGGAGGAGUUGGGUGGACUGUUUCGUGUUAGUCGGCCAGAGAAGAACAAGAAAGUACGAGCGGAUGCCAUGGACUGCUCACGUUUCCAGCCUGAUGCAAGCCAUGACUGGGACCAGGAGGAGAUGUUAGCCUCCAUUAGGGACUGCUUUGUAACUGGAAAAUGGGAAGGAGAUAAAGAUGCUGCUACAUUGCUUAAAGAGGAUGAUGAAAUGUAUGGAGAUUUUGAGGACCUUGAAACUGGAGAGGUUCACAAAGCAAACUCUGCGAAGGGAGACGAUGCUGAGGGAAGUAAUGAGGAGGAAGAAGAGGAGGAGGAAGAGGAACCCACAUUAGUGAAGGUUGAUGAUGAUGAAGCUCAGAAAAACAAACGUCUGGAAAAGAAGAGGAGACUGAAGGAGAGGUUCAAUGCGGAAUAUGAUGAUGGAGACGCUACUUACUUUGAUGACCUCAAAGAGGAAAUGCAGAAGCAGGCUGAGCUGAACAGGGCUGAGUUUGAGGACAUGGAUGAUGAGACUCGUGUUCAUUAUGAGGGCUUCAGGCCUGGCAUGUAUGUGCGCCUGGAAAUCCCCUCGCUUCCGUGUGAGUUUGUUACCAACUUUGACCCACAUUAUCCCAUCAUAGUUGGUGCCUUGGGAGCCAGCGAAGGCAAUAUAGGCUAUCUGCAGAUGCGUUUGAAGAAACACCGCUGGUAUAAGCGUAUCCUGAAGACCCGUGACCCGCUCAUUCUGUCAUUAGGCUGGAGACGUUUCCAGACUAUUCCUCUCUACCACAUUGAAGACCACAACGGCCGCCACCGCCUGCUCAAAUACACUCCUGAGCAUAUGCACUGUGGUGCCGCUAUCUGGGGUCCCAUAACACCCCAGGGGACGGGAUUUCUGGCUGUGCAGAGUGUUGCAGGGACUCAAGCAAAUUUCCGCAUUGCAGCCACUGGAGUCAUCUUGGAUUUGGACAAAUCUGUGACCAUUGUGAAGAAACUGAAGCUGGUUGGAUACCCGUAUAAGAUUUUUAAGAACACCAGCUUCGUCCAGGGAAUGUUUAACACAGUGCUGGAGGUCGCAAAGUUCGAGGGCGCUUCGAUUCGCACGGUCAGUGGGAUCAAAGGUCAGAUUAAAAAGGCUCUGCGGACGCCACCUGGAACCUUCCGAGCCACCUUUGAGGACAGACUCCUCAUGAGCGAUAUUGUGUUCCUGCGCUCCUGGUUUCCUGUCUCAGUUCCUCAGCUGUACAAUCCCGUGACCUCUCUGCUGAUGCCUGUUGGACAGAAGGACAAAUGGACGGGAAUGAGGACCCUUGGACAGCUUAAAUAUGACUUGGGAAUAAGGAACCAACCAAUCCAAGACUCUCUGUACAAGCCGAUUGUGAGGCAGAAGCGACACUUCAACCCCCUCCAUAUCCCCAAAGAGCUGCAAAAGGCUUUGCCAUUCAAGAGCAAACACAAGCAGCAGGAGGCCAAGGGCAAAGUCCCCCGAGACAUGCAGAGACCGGUCGUGAUCCGCGAGCCCCACGAGCGGAAGGUGGCAGCAUUGCUCAAUGCCCUGAGCACAGUCUACUCUCACAAGGAGAAGAAGGCUCAAGCAGAGCAGCACAUGAAGCACAAAGAGUUCCUGAAGAAGAAGGAGAAGCUGGAGGCAGAGAAGCUGAAGAGACAGAAGGAAGAGCGAAAAAAGGUCUACCGUGCUAUGGGACAGAAGGAGAAGAAGAAACUCAAGGCCAGCCUUAAGGGAGCUUCUAAGGAUGACUGAGUGUGCUAUACUUCUGACCUAGUGCUGCUGGACAUCAGCUCUGAGUCCACUGGACCCACAGAGUCUGACUGUGUGUACAGGUUUAACACCACCUGAAGUGUGGAGAUGUACACUGAUAUGUGAGACAUGGAGCUGUGGCUUGUAUAUAUUUCACCACACAAACAAGCUGUUUGUGACUCCAACCUGAGAAUUAUAGUCACCAUUUAAAUGGCACACUUGCCUUGUAAAUGUGGAUGACUAUAUAGAUGUCUUGGUUUUCUUAAUCUUGCAGUUUGUCAGUUGGAUACCAUGUAAAUGCUUUGUAAUGUUUGUUUUAAUAAAAUAACCUAUAUUUCCCGA